GAAUACAUACUUGUCAAGUUUGAUUUGUUAAUUAUUAUAUUGUGAAAAGUUAAGUAAAUUGCAGAUAGUCUUAAAUUUGAAUUAAAAGUAGUUACAGGCACUUGGCAUGGGUUAAAUUACCGAUGUAAAAAUAAUUUCCGUAAGCGAACGCGUCGUUGUUGUCUGUGGACAUAAGCUGAUUAGAGCUGUAUUAAUGCGAGUACUCCCAUAAAGAUAUGUUUUAGUUUCCAUGAAAACUGUAGCUAGGUUCUUCCGGCUGCUGCUGAACCUGGUGGGCUACUCCACGGUGCUGCUGCCCAUGUUCCUCCUCUACAAGUACCUCGAGAAAAUCAACUACUUCGACAAGUUAUCUAACACGAGUUACACCGGUCGCGUGCUGUUCGCGUGUUUCGGCGACCCGGGCGAGCGCCUGCCGGAGGCGAGCAAGGCGCGCAAGGAGGAGGGCUCCGCGCGGGAGGGCGCAGAGCUGGCCUUCUGCUUCACCGGGCUCAUGGCCGCCUACCUGGUGUGGGGGCUGCUGCAGGAGAAGAUCAUGACGCAGAACUACGUGAUGUCGGACGGCAGCACGCAGCGCUUCAGCGACUCGCAGUUCCUGGUGUUCGUGAACCGGCUGACGGCGCUGUGCGUGGCGGGCGCGCGCCUGCUGUGCUCGCGCGCUCCGCUGGCGCCGGCGCCGCUCUACAAGUUCUCCUACUGCGCGCUCACCAACGUGCUCAGCGCCUGGUGCCAGUACGAGGCGCUCAAGUACGUCAGCUUCCCCACGCAGGUGCUGUCGAAGUCGUGCAAGGUGAUCCCGGUGAUGCUGAUGGGCAAGCUCAUAUCGCGCAACAAGUACGAGCUGUACGAGUACGUGACCGCCGUGCUCAUCUCCGUGGGCAUGGUGCUGUUCAUGUUCGGCAGCCACGACGACCAGGCGGUGUCGAGCGCCGUGACGCUGUCGGGCGCGGCGCUGCUGUCGCUGUACAUGGUGUGCGACAGCUUCACGUCGUCGUGGCAGGGCGCGGUGUUCGCGCGCUACCAGUGCGGCGCGCUGCACAUGCUGUGCGCGGUCAACGCCUUCUCGUGCGCGCUCACGGCCGCCGCGCACGCGCACCACGCGCCGCCGCUCAGCCUGCUGCACCACCCGGUGUUCGCGGCAGAUUGCAUCGUGUUGUCGGUGAGCUCUGCUGUGGGACAGCUGCUCAUCUACCGCACCAUCGCGCGGUUCGGAGCGGUCGUCUUCACUAUCAUAAUGACGCUCAGACAGGCGGUGUCGAUCCUGCUGUCGUGCGCCGUGUACGGGCACGCGGUGUCGGCGGGCGGCGCGCUGGGCGUGCUGCUGGUGUUCGCGGCCGUGUCGCUGCGCAUCUACUGCCGCCAGCGCCUGCGCCGCCGCCGCCCCGCCCCCGCCUAGC